GUUUUCAAUGGCAAAAAUAGAACACAAUCCUGGGCAAAGGAUCACCACUGAUUUGGGUUGAAAAUUUGAAUGAUCAAUUUCAUCUCCCAGUCCAUACGUUUCUCUCUUCACCUCUCGCUCGCUCUCUCUCUCUCUCUCUCUCUUUACCAGCAACUAAUCUGCCUCGGACGAAGCAACCCAGUCUCUGACGACCUCCAACGAAGCAACCUAGUCAUCGACGACUCUCCCCUACGACCUUCGAAAUUACAUUCCCAGGCGUCAUUGACCACCGACGAUCUCCGGCGACCACCAACCAACAGCCGCGGAGCGGCAUCGACUCCACGGGACGCUACCAGGGCGACUCGGAUCUGAAGCUGGAUCUGCAACUUGGGGUACAUGCUGGAUAUAACUGUACACAAUGGGGAACAUAGCUUGAACGUGCACAUCGUGGGCGUGGGGACUACAACAAUAGGAAACGAAGGUCCUUGUCUUUGUGUGUUUGGCUGAAGCCUUGCAUCUUCAAAGUUGUGACAAUGAAUUCACUGUCAUCUUUUAUGGAUAUGGUAAAUCGUACAUUGGAUAUGGUCACAUUCGCAUUUGAAGCUCCGUUUGCUCGAGCUGUUGUUUUUGGAGUGCCCAUUGGUGGUCAUCUAUUUGUGGAGGGUCUUCUUCUUGUGGUUAUUGUUUUCCUUCUUUCCCAGAAAAGUUACAAGCCCCCAAAACGGCCCUUAACAAAGAAGGAAAUAGAUGAGCUAUGUGACGAAUGGGUUCCAGAAUCCCUCGUACCUCCAAUUACGGAAGAGAUGCACUGUGAACCUCCAGUACUAGAAAGUGCUGCAGGGCCACAUGCUAUGAUCAAUGGCAAAGAAGUUGUGAACUUUGCUUCGGCGAAUUACCUUGGAUUUGUGGGACAUGAGAAGAUGCUUGAGUCAUGUACAUCGUCAUUGGAAAAAUAUGGUGUUGGUUCUUCUGGUCCUCGGGGAUUUUAUGGAACAAUUGAUGUUCACCUUGAUUGUGAGGGAAGAAUAGCUAAAUUUCUGGGAACUCCCGACUCCAUACUUUAUCCUUAUGGACUUUCCACCAUGUUCAGUGCAAUUCCAGCUUUUUGCAAGAAGGGAGAUAUCAUCGUCGUGGAUGAGGGUGUCCAUUGGGGAAUACAAAAUGGGCUCUAUCUUUCUAGAAGUACAAUUGUGUAUUUUAAACACAAUGAUAUGGAGUCUCUACAAAGUACUUUAGAGAAAGUUACUUUUGAAAAUAAUCGAGCUAAGAAGCUAAGGCGCUACAUUGUGGUUGAGGCCAUUUACCAGAACUCAGGUCAAAUUGCUCCAUUGGACGAGAUUAUACGGCUGAAAGAGAAAUAUCGCUUCCGUGUUCUAUUGGAUGAGAGCAACUCGAUUGGCGUCCUUGGCAGUUUUGGAAGAGGUCUCACAGAACAUUAUGGGGUUGCGGUUGAGAAGAUAGACAUCAUAACUGCUGCCAUGGGACAUGCUUUAGCCACAGAAGGAGGAUUCUGCACGGGAAGUGCUAGAGUCAUUGAUCACCAACGUUUGAGCAGUUCUGGUUAUGUCUUUUCUGCUUCCUUGCCCCCAUACCUUGCAAGUGCUGCUAUUACUGCUCUUGAUAUUCUGGAGGAAAAUCCUGAUCUUAUUACUAAAUUGAAGAAAAAUAUUUCCGUGCUAUGCAAAGGAUUGUCAGAUGUCCAAGGCCUUGAGGUUGCAAGUGAUGCACUAUCGCCAAUUGUUUUUCUUCGGCUAAAGAACUCCUCAGGUUCCUUGAAGAAUGACCUGCAGCUGCUCGAUGAAAUUGCCGAUCGGGCAUUGAAGGAGGAUUCUGUUUUCGUAGUGACUUCCAAAAGAUCAACACUUGAUAAAUGUCGUCUACCCGUGGGUAUCAGAUUAUUCAUCUCCGCUGGACAUUCGGAAUCUGAUCUGCUGAAAGCGUCUGGUUCGCUGAAGAGAGUUGCAGCACUAGUUUUAGCUGCGCACGAUUGAAUAGCGUAUGCCACAGCUCAUUUUUGUUGCCGCUGAUACUGAAGAAAGAAACAGCUGGAAUGUUGCAGUUCUAGUUCUUUUUCCUGUGCCAGUGGGUCUUUGUUUUUUUGUAUGCAAUUUGUAUCUUUUGUGUUCACUCUUUGUGUGGGCAAGUGUAGAAGUGCAGCAGGUAGCGUGCUGUGUCUCUUGAAGCUAGCAUUUUAUGCUUUGUUGAGAUUUUGAUUGUUGAAAUCUUUUUCAUGUUUUCUAUUUAUCUGUCAUAACACCUUUUGUUUC